CCACAGCGCAUGCGUGGCUGUGGUUCACACGUGAAGCAGACAGCAUGGCUGACAACACAGAAGUUGUGUUGGACCGGACUCAGGUGAAAAAGGCUGUCCAGGCUCUGCAGGCUUUCCUAAAAACCAAGUCCACUCGUGACUCUCUGUUACUGGACGACACUCAGCAGAUCUGCCUGCUGUUCACCCUGUGGAAGAUCCCCAAAGAGGCACAGACCAUCCGCAUUCCUUUGCCCCAUGGCCAGCGGCCCGACACAGACGAGGUCUGCCUCUUCACCAGAGAUGAGCCCAACAUGACUUCAGAGCAGACCCAGAGGUUUUACAAGAGGCUACUGGAGGAAAAGGGUGUCAAAAACAUAUCUGAGAUCAUCCCCUACAAAGUCCUGAAGACAGAGUACAAACCGUAUGAAGCCAAGCGCCGUCUGCUCGGGAACUUUGACUUCUUCCUCUCCGACGACCGCGUCCGCCGCCUGCUGCCCUCACACCUCGGAAAACAUUUCUACCAGAGGAAAAAAGAGCCGCUGUCUGUGAACCUGCAGAGCAAACACCUGGCCCGAGACAUCCAGAGAGUCGUCCAGGGCACCAGCCUGAAGGUUACCAACAAGGGCUGCUGCUGUAUGGCUCGUGUCGCCCACUCCAACAUGACUGCGGAUGAGGUGACAGACAACAUCGAGGCUGCCGUCCAAACAGUGGUGGCCAAAUUACGAAUGAAAGGACCAGUGAUGAAGCUCAUCCAUUUAAAAAGUCAAACAUCAGUGGCCCUGCCCAUCUACACCUCAGACCUCAGCAACCUCAGCGUGAUGGAGGAGGCAGAUGAGCAGACUCCCAAGAAAAAGGGAGGAGCAGCCACAAAGAAGGGAAAGAAAAAACAGAGUGAGGAUGCAAAACAAACAGAUACCACUGCAGAGGGGAAGGGAGAGGAGGUGGGGGAAGAGGAGGAAGAAAUCCCACAGCUGGUUCCCAUGGAAACACCAAACAAAAAGCCCAAACUGGAGAAGCCGCUGAAAAAGAAGCAGCUGGAGAAAGCACCCAAACCUGCAGCAGUGAAGAAAGGAACAAAAUCUCAGAGCAAAUUGACAAAGAAAGCUGGAAAGACUGAGUCCAAAGUAAAAAGAAAGGUGCCUAAAGUGAAAUGAGUCUCAGCAGUGCAGCUUUUGCACAUUACCCUCUCAAACAUGGACAUUUGACACAGUAACAGGACCAGAUUGCUCAGAGAACACUCAAUAUAUUCAGUCUGUUUGUUCUUUUGCCUGGAUGAUGCAGAUUAUAAAUGUUACCUGAAAUUA